ACAGAAGAGUCCCCCCAAUCCAACAGCAGUGCCAGAAGAGUCGUGCUCUGGCUGGAGCAGCAACAUAAAGAUCAAUUUUCAAAAAUGAGUGGACCUCUUCAUGGCCAUUUAUUAUCAGAGGGAGCCUCAACACGCACUACUGGUGUGCAGUCUGCCGUAUUGAAAACUCAUGUUGCCACCAGGGUGUGACAGUAGUGCGCCAUAUAAAAAGCAAAAGGCCACCAAGAUAAGCAACGAGCUCUCCAGUCCACAAUAUCCCAAUAUGCAAUGGCCGUUCCAUCUGUUGGGGGUAUGUCUGCACAAGAGGUUAAGACAAGAAGGGCUGAGGUCAAAAUGACAGCUGGGUUGGUAGUUCACAACGUCCCCCUAGCCUUUGUGGACCACCUGGGGCCUCUCCUAAAAUAAUGUUUCGGAGAUUCGAAGACAGCGCAGGAGUACAGGUGUGCCAGGACUAAGUUAUCCUGCAUUACCAAUGAAGCACUCGCACCAUAUUUCACACAGGAGCUUGUGAAGGAGAUGAAAAAAGCCCUGUAUACCCUUGUUACGGAUGGGUCGAAUGACACUGGAGUGGAAAAGAUGAACCCGCUUACUGUCCGGGUCUUCAUGGGCAGCAAAGUUGUCCACCAGUUUUUAAAUAUGUGCACAACAAGUGGGACGAGAUGUGGGACAGCAAGUGAGAUCUUCACCAAAAUUACCUCCACCAUAGAGGAGCAUGGCAUCCCUUGGGAGAACUGCAUUGGUCUCUCAGUUUACAAUGCAGCUGUGAACAUUGGACCACGUAAUUCCAUUGCCUCUAGGGUGCUCCAGAAGCAUCCCAACACCUAUAUUCAUGGUUGUCCUUGUCAUGUGGCACAUAACACCGCCAAAGCUGCAGGAGUGGGAGUUUUUAAAGUGUCCGGUUUUGAUUUGGAGGAUAUGGUAGUGGACAUCGGUUACUGGUUCAAGGGUAGCACAAAUCGGAAAGGAUACCUGACAGAGUUUUGUGAGCUCCAUGAAGCGGAGUACAUGGAGGUCCUCCUGCAUAUCUCGGUCUGUUGGCUAAGCCUUGAAUGUUGUGUCCUGAGGAUCCUGAGGCUGUAUGAACCUCUGGCCAGCUACUACAAAUCUGCUAAUGAAAAUCAGGCCAGGUUCAAGAGACUUGUGCAGACAUUCACUGACCCCAUGACAGAAGUGUACCUGCUGUUCUUCCAAGCCACCAUACCAACUUGCUGCUUCAGAGAGAGCAGUCAUCAAUAUUUUUGUUACAUGAUGAGAUGGUGAAAUUCGUACGCAAGCUAUGUUCAAAGUUUAUGGUUCCAGCAGCUCUGCAGUGCCAUGAGGAGCCUUGUGAAAUUGCCUUUAAAGAAAAGGCAAACCAUUUACCAGGUUUCCCCAUCUCCUCCCAUACCAUGGGCCAGAGGAGCAUGACCUUCUGGGUGAGGAGUUUCUAAAUUAUCAGACCAUGCCAAUGAUAUCCCUGCAGGACGAAACUGAACUUUUUUUUUGGCAGGUGUGGCUUGGCUACAUCUGUUUACAUUUUACAUUUUAGUCAUUUAGCAGACACUCUUAUCCAGAGCAACUUACAG